CUCCUAACCUGGCAACCCUUGGGGCAGAGCCUCAGGUGGCCACUGGGCCCACAGCCCAAGAAUGUCCAGAAGAUUCUACGUGUUCUUCCUUCCUCAUUGUACCCUCCCACCUCCACCCCAGCUUAAGUGAUGACUAAGGCAAGGAUGCCUGUGCCUACCCAUCUGCCAAGACUCCCUGUAGCACCUGCUCUGCAGCCUUCUACUGGCCAGCCUGCACCCUUCCUUGGAGCUCUAGAGCCCUUCAGACCAGGAUGGUUUCAGGCCCAUGCUGGGCAGGAGCUCAUCUGCCUGCCCCUUUGGAUGGGCAGUGGUGAUGGGUUUUGAGGCCACAGUGCAUUUGGUAGCAUGUACUAGGAGCAUAUGGACUACUAGCCACAUGGAGCCGAGGUCAACAGUGGCCUCCCAGCCAUGUCCACCUUCUCAGCACCCCCAUAGCUGUGUACGGUGGCAUCUCCAGCAACACACCACCCAUCCCAUCAGCGGGGCAGACAGCCUCAUCGGCUCCCAAGAGACCAUGGCCACCAGCAGUAACAUACGUAUAAAAUAAUGAAGAUUUGAUCUAUGGUAGCAACUCUACAAUCAUAUAUGUGGGCCUGACCUCUUUGAUUGAAGCAGCUGCUGCAUAGAGAUGCAAGCACCUUCAUUGAAGCAUUGAAGUUAAAAGUCAUCUAAAGAAGUAAAUAAGUCAUGGCACGCUUAACAAAAAGACAACAGGCAGAUACAGAAGCUAUCCAGCAUCUUUGGGCAUCCAUUGAGAUCAUAAGGAACCAGAAGCAAAUCGCCAACAUUGACUGUAUUACAAGUUGCUAUUCCGGUUUACUCCCCAAAUGCUGGCAAUGGCUGGCAGUGUCGGGGUAGCAUGGGGUGUCGUGGGAGAGCAGGGAUGUGCAGUUCGUCUGUGGGCAGCCGAGGAGAAGGAUGCAGUGGCGGUAGCGGGGACUCUGGGGAAGUGUCUGGCGGUCAGUGAAGGAAUGCAGGUGAGAGAACAGGAAAACAAUCCCCAGAGUUCUCUCUCAAGCCAAGAGAAUGCAGAAAAACUACAAGAUGAAAUGCAGCUGAUUCACCUUUGCCAAAAAAAAGAGGUAGACAUUGCACCAAAGGAAGAGAUUAUGAGGACCGCUCUGCACUGGGCCUGUGCAAAAGGCCACCAAGACGUGGUAGCUUUCCUCAUAAGCCAAAGAUGUCUACUUGAUCCGCAAGAUAAAAGGGCUGCAACACCGCUGAUAAAGGCUGUACAGUGUCCCGCUGAGAACUGUGCUACACUCUUACUGGAUCAUGGGGCUGAUCCAAAUAUUGAGGAUGAAAUUGGCAACACUGCUCUCCACUAUGUGGCCUACGGAGAAAAUAUAAGAAUGGCCGAAAAGCUGCUUUCCAGCAAUGCAGAUAUUGAAAAGAAAAAUAAGACUGGCCUCACACCACUUUUAGUGGCUAUUCAACAAAACCAAGAAACUAUGGUUAAAUUUUUAAUAUUACAGAAUGCAGAUGUUUUCGCAAUUGAUAAUCUAAACAGAACAUCCCUCAUGUUUGCGGGACGGUAUAGUACGGAAAACGUAGUACACAUGCUUCUUGAACUAGGGGUUGAUGUGCUUUCUGAAGACAUUGCUGGACAUUCUGCUAGGGAUUAUGCUCUUCAAAAACGUAAUAUGCAAAAUUACCAACUCAUUUCGUUGUUUCGAGAAAAUGCUGCACUUGAGAAGAUUGUAAAUAGAAAUCCAGAUGAUGAGCAUUCUAAAGAAUAUAGAAAAAGGCUUUUGGAAAUACCUGAUGUUAAUCAUGAACUGCUUAUAUCAUAUGAGAAAGGCCUCAAUUCAUUUGCCAAGAAAGACUUAAUAAUUCCAGGACAUACAACUGCCAUCAUUCACAGUGCACCAGAAGAGCAACCCAAUAACGACAGAAUAACUCGUGUUCAUGGAGUCCAUGAAGAUAACAAAUGUGGAGCAGAAGAUGAAGCUAAAGAAUCAACUUCAGACCCUGAGGAAGGAACGUCAACUAUAGCGGGUAAGAAGAGUAAAAAACGUUUUUUCAUCACUCAAGUUGCUCCACAACAGCCAAUUAAUAAACAUGGGCUGGACUCUGAUCACGCAUUGGACAAAGAUAACAAACGUAGUAAGGAGUCUACCUCCCAAAGAGAUCCUGAAGACAACAACUCACCAAGGAAUUCGAAGGCAGGAACGUCAGCUGUAGCGGGUAAGAAGAGUAAAAAACGUUUUUUCAUCGCUCAAGUUGCUCCACAACAGCCAAUUAUGAACUCUGAUCACAGAUUGGACAAAGAUAACAAACGUAGUAAGGAGUCUACCACUCAAAGAGAUCCUGAAGACAACAACUCACCAAGGAAUUCGAAGGAAGGAAUGUCAACCUUAGCGAGUAAGAAGGGCUUAAAAGAUAUCGCCAUCACUCAAGUUGCUCCACAACAGCCAAUUAAUGAAUAUGCGUUCAACUAUGAUCGUGGAUUGGACAAUGGUAACAUGGGUAGUAAGGAGUCUACCUCCCAAAGAGAUCCUGAAGACAACAACUCACCAAGGAAUUCGAAGGAAGGAAUGUCAACCUUAGCGAGUAAGAAGGGCUUAAAAGAUAUCGCCAUCACUCAAGUUGCUCCACAACAGCCAAUUAAUGAAUAUGCGUUCAACUAUGAUCGUGGAUUGGACAAUGGUAACAUGGGUAGUAAGGAGUCUACCUCCCAAAGAGAUCCUGAAGACAACAACUCACCAAGGAAUUCGAAGGAAGGAAUGUCAACCUUAGCGAGUAAGAAGGGCUUAAAAGAUAUCGCCAUCACUCAAGUUGCUCCACAACAGCCAAUUAAUGAAUAUGCGUUCAACUAUGAUCGUGGAUUGGACAAUGGUAAGGAGUCUACCUCCCAAAGAGAUCCUGAAGACAACAACUCACCAAGGAAUUCGAAGGAGGAAUCCUCUGCAGAACCUCUAAAGAGGGAAGAAGUUGCAGUGCCUAUCUCCGGAAUAAGUGAUGAAGCUGUAGAAUCACCGUGGGAUUCUGAGGAAGAAACAUCAAGUGGAAAGGGUGAAGGUCGUGCUGCCACUGGAGGUGUCCCAGAAGGAGAUAUUCUGGAUUAUUUCCUGUCAUGUAGUUGGGCUAGGAUAGCCAAAGAGAGAAAAGCGUCAAUGGCAUCAAGUGGAGAUACUGAAAAGGAUGUGGCUGUCAGUCUAAGUGCCCAAGAGCAUGCAAAGGACACAUUAUCUGGUAUUGCUGGAGUGCCAGAAGACAAAGCUAUUGAUAUGCCUGGCUUCAGACCAGAUGAUGAGCCUUUAAAACACUCCUUAAAGUCUGAGGAAGGAACAUCAGCUGUAGCGGGUAAGAAGAGUAAAAAAUGUUUUUUCAUCACUCAAGUUGCUCCACAACAGCCAAUUAAUAAAUAUGGGAUGGACUCUGAUCACGGAUUGGACAAAGAUAACAAACGUGGUAAGGAGUCUACCUUCCAAAGAGAUCCUGAAGACAGCCACUCACCAAGGAAUUCGAAGACUAUUUCUACAAAUUCUUGGAAGGAAUCCAUUAAUCAAUCAAUGGCAGCAGAUGCAAAAGGAAAAGAUAUGAAUGAACCACUGGAAGAGUUUGCUAAGGGAUCCACUGAAUUGACGCCUCGUCUGGAAGCAAUACAUUUUUGGGCAACAUCAGUGGGAAUGAAUGAAGUACAAACAUGCAGACAAG